UUCCCUGUCUGCCAAAGGGUAGUGAUUAGAGGUUUAAGUUGUUGCCACCAACCACAACCACUUUUAGCCCGAUUUCCAUUGGCAAUUAAGUAGGCCAUGACAUGGAAACUGUGUAAUUGUAGUAAUCGAUUUUCCAUUUCCACUGGAACCUGCCAGGCUGUCGGCGGCAGUGGGAAAAUUUUAAAAUCCAGUCAGCGCCAAAUAGAGUUUACUGACCCCAAAAAAAAUAUAUAAAAACAAAAGCCAGAGAGAGCGCAGAAAUUGCAGCAGCCAAAAAGGAGAGGUGAAAGCGAAGGAGGUCGCACACAUAUCGAUUAAACACGCGGAGAAAGGGGGCGGCGGCGUCCGCUGCCACCUGAGGGGGUGACUGGGUGGUAGUUGCCUGAGGGGGCGCGCUGGCUGGCAACACGUUUGAUUACCGCGUGUAAAUAACAACAACACGAACACUGCAAAAGCUGCAAGGACUCGCCAUUGUCCUCGUUGCCGUUGUGCAACGAAUCACAUGCCACAGAAGCCCCAUGGAAAGUCCCAGCAAGAGCCAGGAACUGGUGGAGCCACAGCCGCCGGUUCCUUCAAAAGCCAAGCCCCCGGAGAAGCCCAUUCGCAAGCGAAAUCAACUAAAAGUCCCGCCUCAUAUCCAAACCAGGACCCCGAAGCCCACACCCACGGCAAUUCUCUGUGAACUAACGCGCCUGAAGGCCCAGCAAAAGUAUCUUGAAUGCAAUCAAGUCAAGCUAAAUCCCAAUAAUUUCAUACUUGACGAUGAGGAGGACAACAAGGCUGUGGAACCAAACUCGGAGGAUGAAUUGGAUGUGCCAGACGAGCAUCCACAAAGUGGUAAAAAUCAAAGACCCAUCAGCUCCUCCACCGCUGCCCUGAUAAGUCUGAUCAAUGAAAUCGAACAGGAGAAGCUGGAUCUAAAUCAAAAGUUUCAGGAAUAUCGCUCGACAAAAAGGGGAGAACUCCAGGACAUGUGGCACUAUGUGGCCGCCAUCAAAGAGGAUGUCUUUCGUCCCGAACGACUUAGCCAGUAUACGGUUAAUGCCCUCAGACAACGAAUCAUUUGCGUCAAUAGUCAACUAGAGCGUCUAACGGCUAAGAACUCAAAGGAACUGGAAACCUUGAAGGAGGAAUACGAGAAAUUGGAGAAGGAAAAUAAGUUUCUAUGGAAGGGUAAUAUGUAAGAUUUAUUUUGGAAUAUCUUUAGAUUACAUGGAAUCCAAGGGGAAAGUUUGUACUUUGUCCUAAAUCUAUAUAGUGUGAAAAUAAAAAUAUACACUCA